AUGGGAGUAUCUCUUGCAGAAGGCACAAGGAUCCCAUACCCUGCAGGUGUGGGAGCUUCGGGCAGUCCUGUCAAACUGUUCCAGCGUGCCCAGGUUCCUCGAAGGAUUUGGAGAAAGACAUUGCCUCGUGCUGUUCCGCCACCGCUCGAUGCCUCAUCUGCCUAUGGCAUUGAGUCACAAAUCUAUGCGCUUGCGUCACAAGCCAACGAGAUGGUCUCUUCAGGUCUUACAUCCAACCAGGUUUUUUUUCUGGCACCACUGCUAUUCCUCGGAGGACUUGCAUCAUCGUUCAAUCCUUGUAACAUGGCAACCCUGCCUGCAGCUGCAGCGAGCGUAACUGCACUAUCCAGGCAGAGCUCACCAGCCCUGCAAGCGCUGUCGUAUGCAUCAGGCUCUGCUGCUGUCCUCAUGGCACUUGGGAUGGCAGUUGCUUUGGCGGGUGAGAGGCUGCCUUUGGGAGAAGGGAUUCUUCCUUGGCUCUUUCCAGUUGUGGCUGUAGUGAUGGGCCUGAGCCUUCUGGAUGUAGUCCCACUUCGUUUGACGGGAAUUCCAGGUCUUGGCCAGGUUGAAGACGCACCAUCUGAGAUCCGAGGAUUUCUUUUAGGAGCCGCAAGCGCUGCCGGUUCUUCGCCAUGCGCCACCCCAGUCCUUGUGACCAUCACCUCUUACAUUGCAUCCCACUCUGUAGGAGUUGCAAGCUCUGCAACCUUACUUUUUGCGUAUGCAAUGGGCUACAGCACACCAGUAGCUUUGGCCAGCAUGUCAACAAGUCUGCUGCCGAUCUUUCAGGAGCAAGGUCAGUGGGGAAAGCAACUCAGCGGCGCCGCUAUACUUCUCGUGGGAGCAUGGCAGCUGCUGACGGUCGUGCAUGACAUCUUCGGUCUUCAAGCGGAGGCAGUCAUCUACGUGGCUUUAAGUGCCACUGUCCUGGCUCUCUUCAAGGAGAAACCAGACACGAAGAAGGUGGCAGUGAGAGUGACAGCAUUGGAUCAGGCUGGCAUCUACGAGUACAAACCCCUGCCGCUAGAGGCGGAAUCUGCACCUACGACUCCAAGUACUUUUGAAGUCGAUGGACCGCGCAGGCUGGCGCUGGCCUCGCUCUUUGGCAGUGUGGUUGUGGCCAACGUCUCGGAGGUCACGCCCUGGCUUCGUGGAAAUACGCAAGAAGAUGCAGCCAAAAUGAUCCUUGAAGCAGCUGCAGAGUCAAGACCACUGCAGCUAGCAUUGCAGUCCAACAGGCCUCUAUUGGUGGACUUUUCAGCCACCUGGUGCGUUGAUUGCCUUCAGUCAGCGGGAACGAUGCGAGACUUGAAGAGGCAGUUUGGACAAGAUGUCGAGUUUGUGACUCUUGAUGUGUCCAGCUGGGUUGCAAAUACUGGAGAUGACGACAUGGAUUGGUGGACUCGCGAAUUUCGAGUUGAUGGCAUCCCACAUAUUGCAUUUGUCCUACCCGACAGGCGUGUCAUCACUGCCCUGAUUGGCAACCUACCUGAAGAUGUCCUGCGAGCCAACUUGGAGGCUUUUGUGGAAGUCUCUAAGGAGGCUACGACCAUGGAACUUCCGCCGCUGCCCUAUGUGAUGUUUGAUGCCUUUGACAAUGGGAACCGCUGCGUGCGGUUACGGCCAUGA